CUGGAACGCCAAGCUUCUGCCUGGUUUCUGCCUGAAUGGUCCCCACACCAGGCCCGUGGAAUAAGCUCGCUUCUAGAUACUUCGGGUUGCUAUAAAAGGGGCAACGGACUGUCUUCCUUUCACACUUCGGUCGUCAAUUGAAAUAUCCAAACUAUUGGCGAGGAUGACUUCAACCACUUCAGCGCCCCAACUACCGGGUUUCAGCACCCCGCUGAAUUCGGGGCCCGAGAAACGAAGAGGCCAUGGACCCAUCCAAAGGCAGCUUGGAUUUCCAAAUGCACUGAGUGUUUCCGAUGGCUACGUGAACCGGGUGGACGUCAAGAGAGAGAUUGUCAUGAUGCAGGUGAUGAACAGCAUCACCGAUAAGCCUGAUUGGGAUAAGAAGGUCUUAUUAUCUUGAUAGCCUGAGUGACUCUAGUACUUACGCUAGCCAGGUCUUCGAUGAGGGGAUUACCUCGAAAUGGCGCGAAGAGAUCGCUCAAAGCGGGGAGGACGUAUCCCCCAGAAUGAUGGAUUGGAUCAUCAAAGAACUCCAGUGGAAAUCUGAAUCCUUCAAGGAAACCGGCCGGGUCACGGUGUUCGAUGUCGGAGUCGUCAAGUCCGAUACCGCCAUUUGCGCAGAGCUACAACAGGCCUUGAAGGAGGCAGUUGUCCCCUUCGAAGAUGUUCCCGAAGAGCAAAGGGAUUAUCACCCCGGUUCAAAACAGCAGGUUAUUGAUCUGGUGCAUCCGUCUCUGUUUCCCGUUAUAUUUGGCCGAUCUCGUAUCCUCCCCGAUCGAACUAUCGACUUGGAAACUUGCCUCGGCAGUGUGGGCCAGGGCGAGCUGCUUCCAGUGCCAUCGCAGGAUCAGUUAUUGGCCCCUUCAAGACCCUAUAGCUUUGCCCACACGCCGAGUUCAUACAGCCAGCAGUUUCAAUGGCUGCCCUGUGACGUAGAACUCAAGCAGGAAGGAUGUCGAAUCGUUUCCUAUAUCAACAAUGCUCAUCCGAUCGAGCAUAAAGGACUGUAUGCAGUUCUCAACAAGAUCAUCACCCAAACGGUGCCACUGUGGAACCAGACAUUGGCCUACAGACCGCGUGAUGAGAGACGAAUUCAAUACUAUUCUGUCGACUAUCAAGAUGAUAGUGAAAGUGAACCAGAGCAGGAACCCGACGAGGACGAUGACACAUAUGGAGAACGUUAUCACGCGUUCCAAAGCUCCCGCCGGAUCAUCCAACCUGAGCCGCAGAAGUUCCAGCCUCCGAGCCUUGAUAGAUGGGGUCUUAUUGACCUGAACAAAGAUUUUUCGAAGGAAGGGCUGCAAGUGAUUGUGAAACUGGCCAAUAUCGAACUCACGCCGGAGAAACCCGAGUAUGCGGGUGGGAGCUGGCAUAUUGAGGGACAGCUGAAUGAACGCAUCUGCGCAACGGCCAUCUACUAUUACGACAGUGAGAACAUCACGGAGAGCACACUGGCUUUCCGUCAGCGCAGUGAAGACAACUUUGAAGAUACCGGUUAUGAACAGGACCGCCACGAGUUCCUCCAAGCCGUGUAUGGAUUCGGUCCCGAAGUUGACAGCCGCGACGAUACCAAUGUCACGCAAAACCUUGGCAGCGUCGUUUGUCGUGAGGGACGUCUUCUGACUUUCCCAAACGUUGUCCAGCACUGCGUCUCUCCGUUCUCUCUGGAAGAUCGUACCAAACCAGGGCAUCGGAAGAUUCUUGCAUUGUUCCUGAUUGAUCCUCAUAGAAGGAUCAUCUCCUCUGCAAAUGUACCUCCUCAGCAGGAGGAUUGGGGAAAGGAGAGACAGAAUUUGGUGAACAACUUGCUGUCACAGAACCUGCCGCCGGAAUUGCAGAAUAUGGUUGAGGAGGAUAUGCCUUCCCCGUUCAUCACCAUGAAGGAAGCCAAGGAUUACAGGCUUGAAAUGAUGUCGGAGAGGAGCGUGAGGUCGGAGGUGAAUAACAUGACUUUUGAGACUGGAAGCUUUUCACUGUGUGAGCAUUAGGAAGGAAGGAGGGGGUGUUAAGGAUCCAAAUGGGUUCAUACUAGCCAUUACUUGGCAUGUUAUCCCGAAUAUCUUCAAUCAAGAGCUUCAUAAUUGUCGAAUACAAACCACAUGUCUUCGAGAUCUGGGUUGCUUGGAUGUUCUAAUCGAUGG